ACAGAAACACGACAGCUUCCUACGUAGACUACGUAACUUUACGUUUCGCAAACUGAAGAUGAAUUUCUGAAGCUUGCUGUGUUGGUAUUUAUGGGAUGGACUCAUUUAAAUAAGAAAGCAGUGGAGGAAUAUUUGUUUGAUUGUAAUCUCCCCUUUUCCUCAGUCUCGCUCAUGUAAUAAGUUCUGUACAAUCUGUCGACAUCAUACGAUAUGUACGGAAGUAUCCAGUGAAUUUUCUUAGAAAAUGGACGACGACGGUCCACUGCUGCCGGACCGGAACCAAGAGGGGGCCGAUCUGCUGUCCCCAAACUUACGGCCGAGACACCAGGAUCUCAUCCCCACGCCAUGCGGCCCGAUAAAGUCCUGGUCUGAACUUUCCUGCCUGGUUAAACUCUAUUACUGUUUCACUAUUGUGUCUCUGCUGGCGAUUUUUGGUCUCACUGUGUAUAACAUCUAUAAUGAAAGCCAAGAGACAUACAGCCACGAGGAGGAUUUCACGGUUUCUCUCAUACAGCUUGUGGGAAUUACUUUCUGUGUGUAUUACAUCACACGGGGGGUCCUUCAGGAGAACCGGCAGGAACUCAUCGUGUUCGUGUUAUGCGUGCUGCUGCUAAUGAUCCGCUCAGUGGUCAACUUCAUCGUUCUCACCAGUGAGGAGAGGGUCACCAUUCUGGCUCGGUUUGUGUGCAUCCUGUGCCUGGGGUUGGUGCAUCUCAUCUGCGGCUUGCUGCUCAUCCAGAUGCCCAACAUGAUGGCCUUCCGUGUGGGCGGCGCUCUGGAGAGCUUGCAAGAGCAGUACUUCCUUCUCAACCUCUGCUUCUCCAUGGUGACCUUUGACCUCCAAGCCCAACUGUGCCUCUGCAUCCUGAUCAUGACGGCGGGCAUCAGCGUGUCCUAUUCCCACAGCAUCAUCCUGGGCUUUGGAAUCUUCUGGGCCUUCCUGACCGCGCUGGUUGGGGCCGCAGCGGUUUUAAAAGAAAAGAAGCCCCUGGUGUGGCUCUUCGUCCUGCAGAACCUGCCGGAACUUGCUUAUUUCAUUUACCUUCUGUACACGAUCAUCGUGGGGUGGGGAAAUGAGAAAUCGUAUGCCCUGGAGGCCGCCGCCAUCACUUGCUCCCUGAUAUCAGUUCUGAUCAAAGUGGUUCUGUUCGGGUCGCUGUUCCGCCUCUACCGCAGCUUCGGUCAGGGCCUGAGGGAACGGAUGUUUGCAUCACCCCAGGAGUAAACACCUGACUGGACUGUGAAAAUGACCAGGGCAAAGUUUGGGAUGGAUUAGUGAAAGCUGUCAUAUCAGGAUUUGUACUACAAUUAUUACUGUUGAUUUGUUAUUUUGAUACUAUUUGUAUUUUUAAAUGAUUUUUUAUUGCACAUUUUUAUGUCUCUGCUGUUGGUAACGGUAUUCUAUAUGCCACUAAAAUGGGAAGAGUGGUUACGAUGAUUUAAAGAAAAAUGAUUUACGGUAACAUGCACACUGCACUUACAAGGGAGCAAAUACCAUUAAUCUGAAUAUUGGGCCAUGUUGCAUGUAGAAUGCCGUUUCCAUGAGGUUAUCUGUUUUAUAAGCUUGAGUCAUUAAUCAGCUCACAUGCAUCUUAAUAUCUUAAAUGCCAAGACAAUAAUCUCUCCCCGGCUCUUAGAUGAUUUUUUAUAAGAUUAUUUUUCUUUUGAAGUGUCUCUUUUAUGUGCCUUUUUAAUAGCGUUAAUAUGCCGCGCAUGCUGGGUUCCUGUCCGUUUCAUUUGCCCCGAGUAUUUUCAAGCAUCCUCUUAUUCAGAGAACCAAUGCACUGGUUACACAGAAUACCAGGUAUAGUUUUUUUGUUUGUUUUCCAGCUAGCUGAUGACACUAUGGAAAUUACUUGGGGAGGGAAACCAAAGAUGUGAAAUACGAAAUCAUUUGGCAUUUUCUGUCAAAUGAACUGCAAUGGGUGUCCAUUUUGAACAAAGUUCCUACUACAGACUAAAACAGAGCGUAAUUUUAUAUUGCUUAACAUUGCUAGUAUAUUUUUAUAUUUACACGUAACCUUUCUAUAUUAACAUAAUUUAAGACGUACCAUCAGAGCUGGUCCUUGUACUGUAUCACUCCAUGUGUUUUUCAUGCAAAGUGUGUAUUUAAUCUGACAGAUUAAAGGCCUUUGGCUGUUUUUCCAUUGCGUCCUUGUUUUCUAACAUUUGAUGAAAUUUAAAGUGAUGCGAUAUGUAAUAAAAGUAAAACUAAUGUCA